GUGGAAGGAGGCUGCGGCUACAGCUGCAGUUUCCCCAACGUGGAACUGCAUCAAGGGGCCGAGUUCAGCCUGAAUGUCUCCAGCUCCCAGGGGGAGACCAAGGUGUACCACAGGCUCCUAAAGCAAGAAGGCCGGGAGGGCUCUGCCCCCAUGAACUUCUCCUGCAUCAUCUACGCCGUCCACUUCAUGAACUGCAGCUGGGAGCCGGGCCCCGCGGCCCCCGCUGACGUCCACUACCGCCUCUACUACUGGACUUCCUGGGACAAGGACGAAUCCGAAUGCCCCCAGUACACCCUGAACCGCGCCGGGACCGCCGUGGGCUGUCACUUGGCCCAGUUUGCCUCGACUGACACCUACUUCUUCCUGCUCAACGGAACCAGUGCUGAGACCCACAUCCCCUUCGUGGACUUCGCCCCGUUCAGAGGCGUGAUGAUGGAGAAGUACGACCCGCCCGGCAACCUCAGCUCCCACGAGAACGGCUCCUACCACGUGAUCGAGUGGGACAACCCCAAGCGGAGAUACGAACUGUCCACUCACAUCUUGCUCUACGAAAUCUGCAUCCGGAGAGAGGGCGUCUCCAACGCGGCGGAAUCUGUCUUUCAGCGAGGAGAGAAGAGGAACCAGUACCCGCUGCCCAGGUCAGCCGUGCGUGCGGACACCACCGUCCGCAUCCGGGUGAGACACGCUUACGGCCACUACUGGAGCGAAUGGAGCAGCCCGCUGGCCUUGGGUGGGUGCCCGGUCCUGGCGAAGAAUCCAGCGAUGUCCCCCGUUCCCGGUUCCCCGGCUCUGGGCAGGACACUGGGGAUGCCGGAGUCGGAGCCCGGUGGCCACAGCCUGACCCUCAUCCUGCCCGUCCUGGGGACCUCGUGCCUCUGCGUCACGGUGAUCCUGUUCCUCUGCCAAAGGCUGGCGGUGAGGCAGAAGCUCUUCCCUCCGAUCCCCGGGGUGAACAGAGCCGUCGUCGGCAGCCUGGAGAGCGGCCCCGAGGGCACCUGGACGGAGAACAUGGCCCCCCCAGUCUCCCAGGAGCAUGAAUACAUGGUGCUGGAGCAGAUACAGUUAUCUCCGAGGCAAGGCCAAGACAGAACGGACGACUAUGAGAUCCUACAGACAAAGACCCCCACGCCCGCCUGCCUGUGA